AUACACUUCCAACUCUCUAUCUAUCAGGUACAAUCCGUUUUCUUCCCUGGAUUCUCGUCCACGGAGAGUAGAUCAAUCGGCACCUACCCCCGACUCAACUUUAAUUAGCUACAUACCUCCUCCUCCCUCUCUCGUCUAGCUAUAGCUAUCACGUCUAUUCCGAUCGGCACGAUACAUCCCGCUACAGGGAAAAUCCUAGGUAUCAUCACAAGACAAACAACAAAGGAUCUGGACCAGGUAACCGGAAAUUCGAGACAAAUCUUACCUCCCUCGGAAACAGCUCCCCGGCCUUAGUUGAACCCUAGAAAGCUCGAGCCUCCGAUCUGACCUUCCCUAAGAGCCUUAACCUUAAGAGCACAUCAGCUUCACCAUGGAAGAGCUCACCACCUUCCUCACAUCAAUUGGCGAAGAGGUAGAAGAUGCCGAAGAGGAGUGUUUUCUUCUCUUCGCGCAGGAGAUUCCCUCGGCCAAUCUGGGUUUCGUCGAUUCACGAGCUACCUCCGUCGAUGUAACCAUCCACGGACAGGACUAUACGAUUCAUCAAUCUCCAACAUUGCUGUCUUCGUCGCGCGCGGGUGGAACUACAGGCGCAGUCCUCUGGAAAAUCACCCCCCUCCUCGCAGAAUGGCUAAGCAAAAAAACUAACCCCCUCUGGCACCACGGCUUGCUCACCCCCUCCUCCCCCGUUGUCGAACUCGGCUGCGGAAUCUCCGGCCUAAUAGCCCUCACCCUCUCCCCCUCCAUAACCCACUACAUAGCCACCGAUCAAGAAUACGUCCACCGUCUCCUCCGCCAAAACCUCGCCGCAAAUGUCCGCACAACCCCUACCCCCAAAUCCUCCAAAUCUACCAGGGGCAAACAAAAAAUCCCCAAGGCCCCGUCAAGGUCCAACAUCACCUUUACCACGUUGGACUGGGAGACUGAUGCGCCGGAGGCACUGAAGGAUUGUAUUGAGGGUGAAGGCAAUGGGGCGCGGGAUGAGGAUCGCGGGUUCGAUGUGCUGAUUUCGUGUGAUUGUAUUUAUAAUGAGGCGUUGGUGGGGCCGUUUGUUAGGACUUGUAGGGAUGUGUGUCGGUCGAGGCCGGUUUAUUGCGCGGAGCGGGAGGGGGAGGCGCGAGAGAGGAGGAGGCCGACGGUUUGUAUUAUUGCGCAGCAGCAGCGGUCGCCGGAGGUUUUUGAGGUUUGGUUAAGGGAGGCGUUGAGGGUGUUUCGGGUUUGGAGGGUGAGUGAUGAGGUUUUGGGGGGCAAGUUGGCAGCUGGGUCGGGGUAUUUGGUGCACGUGUUGGUGUUGAGGAAGGGGGAUUCGUGAGGGGAUGGGCAAGGGUAAUGGUUUUUCCAUACUACGGCUUAUAGCUGGCCUUGGAGCAAUCACUGGGGGAGUAGAUAAUCAAGCAAGUCUAUUUGUCUGCCGAUGUAGCGGACGCUGGACCUGUGCGUUGAGCACGUCACGGAGUAUUCAAGGUCAGGGGGCAAUUACCGUCAUACCUUGACCUGGUGAUUUUUUUUUUGGCAAACAGGAAAACAAACUUCACGGCAUGAAACAUGAUAUAUUUGAUUUGUUUGGCCACUAUCAAGGCUCUGUUGCAACAUGCAAUGGGCGGCUAGCGAUAUUCACAAGGUCCAUUAAGUAACAUAAAAGAGAUGCAUAAACAGCAUGCAGGAUCCCAAUGAAGACAUGGAAAAGAAUACAGCACCAGCAUCACAGCAGUGUUUCCCGGUGACCGACAAGGGUCACCCAGGGCAUAGAUAUAGAUC